CAAUCACGUGAUUUUAUUAGGCAUGGCGUUCAACAAAAUAGCGAAAUUGAUUAAUACGCUUCAACUAAGAGCUGUCAAACAAGUGAAGUUUUCUUUUGACCCUUUUUCUGAAAACGUUAGGUCAAUAAGAGAAGUCCUGUACCAGCUGCACUUUCCACGGGUUUUGUCGACCAAUCAGAACGUCAACUUGAAAGUGGACGUCAGAUCUGACCGGAGUGAACCCGUUAUUAACAUCGGUUUCUCUGACGGACAAAAACUGUUGUUCAAAACACAGCACCUGACAACGCUAGAGAUCCUGGAACGGAUAUACAAAGUCUGCCAAGACAAAGAUCCUAAGAAAGGAGAAACUCCAGUCGUUGCAACUAAGAGCUUAAAGAAAAAAAAGUGAUCACGGAAUUUAGAUUCACAGUCACUUUGUUGGAGCUCGUGUUAUGUUUAGAGUUUGUAAUUCAAGAUCCAGUUAACUCUUCUUAUCUGCUAAGGUUAUUAACACACUUAACUUGCAUACAUCAUUAGACUGAUUGUGAACGGUAAACUCUUUAAUUGCUGUAGAUUUGACUUUUAACCUUCAGUCAUCAUAAAUGUCUGUUAUUCAUUAACUCUUUAUAAGAUAGUGAUAUUGACACUUUAAAUUGCCUUUGUCGUCAUCAGUAGUAACAUUUUAGAAUGGUGGUGACCGAUAAACUUUAAUUGGUGAAGAUUGAAAAUUUAACUGGAAGUGGUUUAAGAAUGUCUUGUUAUUUUUUUAAACUUUUUAUCUAAUGAAGAUAUUGACCCUUGCUAAUUGUUCAAGAUUGACAGUUUGUAAAGAUGUAGGAAUGUUUGUUACAUUUUAACUUGCUAAUUGCUGAAGAUACACGAUUUAACUCUUUAUAAAUAUAUGUGCUAGAGAUGUCGACACUCUAAUUCACAGUCAUCACCACCACUGUUUGACUGUUUGUAUUCAUUAACUCAUUAUAUCAGGUAGAGAUGUUGACACUUUAACCGACAGUCACCACCACUAUCACAGACAACAACAUUUGA